AGAUGGGGUUUCCGGUACGGAUCGGGUAGCGACAAGGCGGAUCUCCAGCGGUCUGCAGCUGCACACAGCGGUGAUGUAGAGUCAAGGUCACCACUAUGAACAAAGGCCACAAUAUUUUCAAAUUAAAAGAGGAAAAACUGGGCCAUAUAACCUUUGUUUAUGAAAAACACGAUACCCCAUAUUCUCGAUAGCUAUAAACCGAUGAAUUGGUGAGGUUUCUUUCAAUCAAACACAGCGGAGUCUUAUUUCUUUUCCACAACAACCCACUUCCUCUCUGCUGUGAUUUAUCUUUUAUUUUGAAGGAAGUAGCUCUCUUUUCUCAUUAUUGCUGACUUGAUGGUGGCGCUACCCACUUCCAGCUUCCCUACCCUCUGGUAACAACUUCUUGCCGUAACCUGGAGAUUGUCCACGUUUACAGCCUUCAGUCUCUGCUGUGCUGCUCCACAUCUCCAACUCCGGGUUACUUUACAUAGAGCCUGCAGACCUCUGUAUUUAUUCAUUUGUUGGCUAGUUUUUGAUGUGGUAACUUUUUUUUUUUAAAAAGUAGAAUUAUACCAUUUGGUGCAACUCUGCAAAGAUGUUUGCCUGUUGUAUUGCUUAUUUCCUUCUCUUUACGUGGUCUUUCGUGGAGUGUAACCCCAGUCCUGUGCUCGGGGAUGUAGUCGUGGAAAGAAACGUCAUCCCUGAAAUCUGUGCAAGAGAGUCCAAAAAUGGAGAUUAUGUUCGCUAUCACUAUAACGCCACAUUUCUCGACGGGAAAACUUUUGACUCGAGGUGAGCUGUUAUCUCAUCUGCAGUUUUUUUUUCAGAGUUCACGUCUCCUUAGAGCUGACCUAUUUAAGAACUGUCUUUGAUUGUGUGGACACUUUUUCACAGCCAUCAGAAAGGAGAGGCCAAGGUGGGCCUCCUCGGGGAGGGUCGGCUCCUCGCGGGCGUUGAGAAAGGUCUGAGGGGUAUGUGUGUGAGCGAGCGCAGGACCAUCACCGUGCCUCCUCACCUGGCCUACGGAAGCACCGGUGCAGGUACUCAUGUAUUACAUUGAAAGGUUCUGCAGCAGGGGGAUGAGAUUUAUACUAAUUUACAGUUAUUUGUGUUUCAGCUUUUGCAUUAAAUUGGGUGUUGUCCUAGAUGAGGGUCUUAAGUGGAAAAAUCGUAUCAGUCAAGUUUGCAAAAGGUCAAUGAAGAGCCUGGGUUUAAUUAAUAAGGUCUGUCCCCUGAUCAAUCCCUCUGCUCACUUGUCUCUGUAUUAUAGCUUCCUAUUUCCUUAUAUAAACUAUUGUAAUAUGGUAUGGUGUGCAACGUAUUCAAUUUACCUCAAGAAAAUAUUAUUAAUCCAGAAAAGAUUCUUGAGCGUGAAAUCUCUAUCCAGCAGACAUGACCCUUCUGCGCCUCUCUUUACUAAAUACUCAAUCUUACUGAAUGACAAACUCAAUGUCUUUCACUCUUGCUUGUUUGUCCAUAAGUUCGUCAAUAGGAAACAAACCUACCUGACUCCUUCCAAAACCUUUGUACUUUUUCAUCUGGCCUUCACCCGUACUCAACAAGGCAAAAUGGCCAUCUUCAGUUACCUCUCUGUCAAACUUCUUGUCAUCAGUCUAAUAUCACUUUUAGAGGACUGAAACUAUGGAAUGAUCUGGAAGUAUCUCUUAAAUCAAUAUUAUCCAUCAAAACUUUUAAAAUGUAAUUGAAAUGUCAUCUAAUCAUAUAAACACGUCAUUAUCUGUUAUGUUCAUGUUUCUUUCCUUUUUAUGUAUACUUAUAUUGUCUCUAUCUUUGGUUGAUGAUUAGUCUGUGUUCCAUUUAUGACAAUUUAUCCAUGUUUUGACCUUUCCCUACUCAUUGUAUAUUUAUAACCUGUCUAUGUCCUAAUUACUUUGUUGUUUGCACCCUAUGCCUUCACUGCCCUGACAGGAGUGGAACUCUGUAUAAGCCUAUCAGCUUUGUUCCCUCCUUGCGCUAAAUAAAUAAAAUAUAAAAUAAAAUAAUUAGAUCGAUAUUGCACAUCAGAGUUUUCCACAUAGUGCUCAUGCAUGACCUUUUUUGUGGGUCUUUGCUCAGUAAUUUUAGUUUGGUAAUAAGGCCUUGGGCCAUUCAAGUCAUGUUUGUGCACUUGAUCUUUUGUCUCAGUGCAGGUUAAAAAAUGUUUUAUGUUUCAGUUGUGCUCAAGAGUUAUCGCAAAGAAGCAUAACUGAUCUGAUGUUCACAUUGAGGUCAUAAUAUUCUAGCACAAAAAUGCAUAUUUUUGGGGCUAAAAAGACAGAAGUGAAUGCUAAUCUUUGCCUCAAAUCCAUACAAGAGCGGCUUGGAAGGUGUCGGGCUGAUAAAUGUUGGCGUGUUGACUUGAUCACAUCCUAUUGGUAUCACUUCUCUUAAGGUAUCACCUUUAUCUUUCCAGAUGAAAAACAAAUUUUUUCCCAACAACAGCAUAGCAAAUCUAAAACAGACACUAGCUAGAAUUCAAGUUCUGUUACGGAGUACAGGACAAUCCGGUGGAAUGAUCAUUUAUACCUUUGUAUUUAACUUGUACAGUUUUUCUUUUGUAAAACAAUCAGAAAUCCAAAUGUCCCUUGUGGCAAUAAUUCACCCAGCCAAAUUAUUUUCUGUCAAUAGUUAUAGGAAAAUAUUCACUUCAGUUCAGCUAUUUUGUUUUUCAUUUAUUAUUAUGAUGAAAUUGUUGGAUUUUGUCAAAUGCAAUAUGAAAUGUAACACAUUGCUAGACAAAUGCAACCUAGGAGAGUGCCACAGACACUCUCCUAGGUUGCUCUGGACUGAUGGCUGCUGCAGACCUGCCUGACUCCAGCCGCAUUGUCUAUGAUUGUCCGCCUCAGGCCCUGAGCUCCUUCUUCUCUUUGAUUCCUCUGGACUGUUACUGCAGACAUGAACAUCAGCCUCACUGACAUUAAUAACAUAAAACUAGAGCUGACUAGGUUUAGGCCUGCUGACCGUAAUCACAUUUAAUUAAUUUAACAUAGUCCAUAAUCACUCAUAUCCUAACCCUGUAAACUGAAUUCAUUUUAUUUCACCAUUACAUGAGCUGUUGUUGUUGUUGCUGCUGUUGCUGCUGUCCCCUGUCUCUCUCUCACCCUCGUUCUCUACUCUCUCCCUCCCUCUCCUUACUCAUUCUCUCUCUCCUUCCCCUUAUCUUGUUCUCUCUCUCUCCCCCUGCCCUCUUCCCUCUUCUCUCUCUCUCUUUCUCCCUCUUUCCCUCUCUCCCCUUAUCUCUCUACAUUCCUCCCCAACCCAGCAGCGGCAUGGUGGCCGCCUGGCAUGAGUCUGGUCCUGCUCAAGGUUUCUGCCUGUUAAAAGGAAGUUUUUCCUUACCACUGUUGCUCAUGUUAGAUGAGAUGGGCCAAAACCCAUCUUAGGUUGGUUCUUGAUAAUUCAUCAAACAAUGAGCGUGGUCUAGGCCUGCUCUUGUUCUUUGGAAAGCGCCUUGGGAUGACGGCUGUUGUGAAUUGGCGCUAUAUAAAUAAAAUUUGAUUGAUUGAUUGAUUGAUUGAUUGAUUGAUAUUGGCCUUAUUUUUGGUAUCAGCAUUAGCCACUAAUACUGAUUGACCAAAAGUGUUGGGUUGAUAAAAAUAACCACCAAAUAAAUUUCAACAACAGAACUGAAAUGCGCAGAAACACCAGCAAUUCUGUUUAAUUAAUAGACUGCACACAGAUUGAGUUGAGCCUGGCUCAUGCAGGUGUCUCCACCUGUCCUGGCUCUAACAUCUCAGGUUGUCAUUGAACGUGGGUUUUGAGCGUAGUUCACCAUGCCAGGUCUUCUAACUUGCACUACAAUAUUUUAACAUGUUAACAGGUGAUGUGAUUCCUCCUGAUGCCACCCUGGUGUUUGAAAUCCAGCUGCUGGACGUGUGGAACAAAGCCGACCUGGUUGUCACAAAAACCAUCACCACUCCCAAAGACUGCAAACGCUCAGUGAUGCGUACUGAUUUUGUGCGUUACCAUUUCAAUGGCACUCUGCUGGACAGCACCGCCUUUGAUUCCAGGUGAAUUCUGGCUCUGACAAUUUGGCAUUUUAGCCCUAGGAACAAUAAAUAUGCCAAAUUCAGUGAAAUGUCUUUGUGAACCCUUUGCAAAUGACAGCUCUUAUGUGUACUGUGUCAUCCAGGUUUGUUGUGUGUUUGACUUUGCGCUUGUAUGAGCCCUACGUAGCUACGCCAGGAAGCAGACCCAAGACUCCUUGGUUGGGGAAGGUUGGCUGAUCAAGGGCUUGGAUGAAGGCCUGCUUGGCAUGUGUGUGGGAGAGAUCAGACAUAUUGUUGUCCCACCCUUCAAAGCCUAUGGAGAAAAAGGAUCAGGUCAGUUCAAAUGGAGUUAAAGUCACAGUGAGACAAAGGAAAACAAGGUGUGGGAGUGGAAGUUGGGUUCCUGCUUUGCAAAUAUGACACUGUUACAACAGCAAAUCCCAGAAUUAUGUAUUUUUUCUACAUGUUUCAUGACUGUUGUGUUUCAUGACUGUGUAAGAUAAAUUGGUGUAAGAAGUCGUGAAAUUUCUCUAUCAGGUACAGAGAUUCCCCCUCAGGCGACCCUUGUCUUUGAUAUCCUGCUGGUGGACCUCCAUAACCCAAAAGACAACAUUACUAUUGAGAAUCAGGAGGUGCCUGAAUCGUGCACACGAAAGUCUGUGGUGGGUGAUUACAUCCGUUACCACUACAACGGCACCUUCCUGAACGGAGUCACCUUUGACACAAGGUAAAUAUACAGCAGAACAAUUUUAGACUUCUUGACAUAAUAAGGUUUUUUUUUCCAGUUCUGAAGUUGUGUAAUUGUAAUAAAAGGAAAUAAAAAUGUGUUUGUUCCUGUUUGCCAACAGCUACCAGAGAAACAGCACGUACAACACCUACAUUGGGAUGGGGUAUGUGAUUGCAGGCAUGGACCAGGCUCUCCUUGGGGUCUGCAUGGGAGAGAGGAGGAGAGUCAUUCUCCCUCCCCACCUGGCGUAUGGAGAGCAGGGAGCAGGUAAGUUACUGCAGCUUGCAGAAAGUGAUACAAUCAGAAGGAUUUUGAUAGAUAACAUGAAAACAGUCCACACAUCUGCACUACUAAAGAGCUUAGAUUAAGGAAAAAUGACUCAUUAAAAUCCUUGUUAAUUGAAUUUAUGGAGCAUUUAGGGUCUCUUUCAUGACUAAAUGAAUGUCAGGGGUGGGGGUAACAUGAAAAUAAUAUGAAAACCAAAUUAAAACUUCAUACAAAAUAUCCUUGAUGGUUUGUUUUGAAUUGGUAUAAUUAUUAUAAUUAAAUCAAAAAAUUGAUUUUUUAAAUCUGGUUUUAUAAACUAAGAUGAAUAUGUAAAUUAGAACCUAUGUCCACUUUUCAUAAACAGUUAAUUAACAGGGGUUGAUUUUUUUAGGUCUAUAAUUGCAGUUACUGAAUUUUUUGAAUGAACAUAUACAAACAAAAUGUAUCAUUAUUUCAAAUGCUCUGAAUAUAAAGAAAUCCACAAAUAACUUAAAAUUGUGUCAGGCAGUCAUUUUGAGAGUAUUAUAACCAGUUUACAAAAUGACCAGUAGAGGUCCCCCUAAACCUGUCACACACAGGUCACACAGAUGUUUGACGUUUCACAUUCAGCAGGGAUAAACAAAUGAAACAACACUGGAUGGUUAGAAAAUGCAUUGGUAGCAAUAAUAUUUUUGUCCUGCCACUGACUAUAAAAUUUGAACUUAAAAAGAAUAUUUCCAAUACUGGACAUGGUUUACUAAUUUAGGAUGGUCUAAUAUAGCUCACAGGUAUGCGCAAGCACUAAUCAACUAAAUGAACAAUUAACAAUGGAACAGAACUAGCCAAUCCACUUAAUAUUAUUUUAUAAUAAUUAAAAAGAGAAAACUAGAGUGGAAUACAGGCAAUCUUCAUGUUUAGGCUGUAUGAGUAAGUGGACUUAAAAAAUUCAACAUGUGGACACUCAAGUGACGUCUGUUUGUGUCUGUGAGUUUCAUGAGGGCUUAAAACCUCAGAUUGUAAAAUUAACCAGCCUGCAGAGUCUGCCCACAUGCACACGUCUCUGUUUCCUGUGUAGCUCAUGUGGUAACACAGAAAAGCAGAAACAUGACACUUUCAAAAAAUUUUUAGUCAUUUUUGUAUUGACUGUAACAAUGAGUAAUCAAACCUCCUCCUUCUAAAACAAGCUGAGCCUGCAUCCUCCUUAUGACGACUUCAAGGCGGACACUCUCCAAACAGUUGGUGGAUUAGUAAGCAUUAAAGAUGAUGUGUUAAUGUCUCUGUGCAGGUGGUGUCAUCCCCCCUUCUGCUGUGCUGGUGUUUGACAUUCACGUCAUCGACUUCCACAACCCCAAUGACAAUGUGGACAUCCAUAUCACCUACAAGCCUGAAGUGUGUAACGAAACCACUAAGGUAAACGACCUAGUCCACUACCACUAUAACUGCACCCUGGUGGAUGGCACGCCGCUCUUCUCCUCGUGAGUCACCCCUAAACGCAGUAUUUCGCACCCUGAUUUUGCAGAGUAACAUCAGUGUAAAACUAAUCACUAAGCUGUCUGCUUAAUCAACCUUAGACACGACUACGAGAACCUUCAGGACGCAGUGCUCGGUGCAGAUAAGGUGAUCGACGGACUUGAUGAGGGAUUGAGAGGCAUGUGUGCUGGAGAGAAGCGGAUAAUAAAGGUGCCGCCUCACCUCGGCCACGGAGAAAAAGGAGGUGAAGCUUCUGUUUUUUGCGCACUGUAAUUUUCUAUAUGAUUGCAAGGAAGGUUUGGUUUACUUGAGUUUUGGCGCACUUGUUAAUAGGUCUGUUUAGGUGUUGUUUAUCCUCUUUAGGCCAGAUUGUGAUAUUGUGAUCUAACAGAUAAUGUACUUUUGAGAUAGGUAGCUGUGCACAACUGUCACAUUUUAGUUUUCGAGACAUUUUUUCAUGCAGUGUUUUGUAUAAAGAAAGCAGAAUACACCAACAGAUAAGAAGCUAAAGUCUAAAAGAUUCAAGCUCUGACUGAAAAAGUGUCAUCUAUGCCUGUGAUAUUAUAUCUUUGACUCUUACAGUAGAAUUGUUACAAACACGUGACACAAUCAAGAGUAGUGGUGCACAGUCUUUGAUCGUAAAAGUCGUUUUUUCGCUCUCUAUCCUCCAGCCACUGGUGUACCAAGCAGCGCGGUGCUCCUCUUUGACAUCGAGCUGGUUAGCUUUGAGAAAGGUGUACCACCUGGUUACCUGUUUGUGUGGCUCCAGGAGAGUCCUGGUAACCUGUUCGAAGCCCUCGACACUAACAAGAACAAAGAGGUGCCCCCGGAAGAGGUAAACCUGUUUUCUUCAAGUGUUAUUUCUUGUUGCAGGCUUGGGUUUAACUACUCAAAUUAUUGUUGCGGUAUGAAUUUUGGUUUGUAAAUAUUCGUCAGAUUUGACUCAGCAAUGUGGUGGAGUAAAAAAGGGUGAACUCUCAUAUCAAAAGUUGCUCAAAUUUAAACAUCACAGAUCAGGAUUGUUCUUAAGACACUGCUAAAGUUAAUGAAGUUAACUUCCCACACAGCAUUCUUAUAUAGCUUUUUUAUCCUCUCACACUUCUCAGUUUGGAGAGUUCAUCAAGCUGCAGGUGGCAGAGGGCAAAGGUCGUGUCAAACCUGGGAUGAUCAUGGAGCAGGUGAUCAAAGACAUGUUCCAAAACCAGGACAGAAAUAAGGAUGGUGUGAUCACAGCCGAAGAACUUAAACUGAAAGUGGACGAAGACAAGGAGAGGGAAGCGGGGACACAUGAUGAGUUGUGAGGAGGAAAAUGCUUUUAUUCUCUCUCAGGGAUAAACCCGAACACCACAAAAAAACAAGCAAUGAGAGACUUUUUCUACACGUGAUUUAUUUUUUUCGGCGCCACAUUGAACAGUCUUUGGACUUUUGACAGGAACUUCUUGUAAAGGGUCUUUUCUGUAGAGUUUUGUGUUGUUUGUUUUUGAUUGUUGUAUUUCAGAAAACCAAACAUGCACCUUUAUUUGUCCCUACAAGUGGAAUUGAUUAAAUAUUUGUUAGAAAAAGAAAAAAAAAAUUGC